CGACAGCGGCCGUAUAGGCUUCUUUUUCUCUCCACUGAGAGGAUCAAGAGGACAGGAAGUGGGAGCGAGGAAGGGAAGCAGUACCUGAUGGAGGGCGCGGUCCGGUGCUCAGCCAACUACGUUCCCCUCACCCCAAUAAGCUUCUUGGAGCGCGCCGCCGUCGUCUACGGUGAUUGCGCCUCCGUCGUCCAUGGCUCCACCACCUACUCGUGGAGGGAGACCCGCGAUCGCUGCCUCCGCCUCGCCUCCGCUCUUUCCCGCUUGGGGAUCUCUCGCGGCGACGUCGUAGCUGUACUUGCUCCAAACGUUCCAGCAAUGUAUGAACUACAUUUUGGUGUGCCAAUGACUGGUGCAAUCCUCUGUACACUUAAUACACGCCAUGACUCAGCCAUGCUAUCAGUCCUUCUGAAGCACUCUGAGGCUAAAGUUGUGUUUGUGGACUAUCAAUUACUUGAGGUCGCCCAAGGAGCACUGAAACUUCUCUCCCAAGCCCGAGCAAAACCUCCCUUUCUGGUUAUAAUCUCAGAAUCUUGUGGAUCACCUCCUGCAGUUCCAAAUUUCGCUGCUUCAGUGAAUGAGGAAUAUGAAACUCUUCUGAAGACUGCACCUUCUCAGUUUGAGAUCAAAUGGCCUGUUGAUGAAUGUGACCCUAUCUCACUAAACUAUACAUCUGGCACCACAUCCAGACCCAAAGGUGUUAUCUACAGUCACCGGGGAGCCUACCUAAAUGCCAUCGCGACAGUCCUCCUCAAUGACAUGACCACAAUGCCAGUGUAUCUGUGGACUGUGCCCAUGUUCCAUUGUAAUGGAUGGUGCCUCCCUUGGGGUAUAGCAGCUCAAGGUGGGACAAACAUCUGCAUUAGAAAUGUCUCUGCAGAGGUUAUUUUUGAAAACAUUGCCCUGCAUAAGGUCACCCACAUGGGUGGUGCACCCACAGUUCUCAACAUGAUUGUGAAUGCUCCAAUUGCUGAGCAGAAACCAUUGCCUGGAAGAGUGACUGUGAUGACAGGCGCUGCACCACCACCUCCCCAGGUUCUAUUUAAGAUGGAAGAACUUGGUUUCCAUGUCAUCCACUCCUAUGGCCUGACAGAAACCUAUGGUCCUGGGACAGUUUGCACAUGGAAGCCUGAGUGGGACUCCCUCUCUGCCGAGGAGCGUGCAAGACUCAAGUCCCGCCAGGGACUUCAGCAUCUUGCAAUCGAGGAGUUAGAUGUGAAAGAUCCAGUUACUUUAAAAAGUGUUCCAGCUGAUGGGAAAACCAUGGGGGAGGUGAUGUUCAGAGGCAACGCAGUCAUGAAUGGAUACUACAAAGAUUUGAAUGCAACCAAGGAAGCGUUGUCUGGAGGAUGGUUUCGAUCUGGAGACCUUGGAGUGAGGCAUGCUGAUGGAUACAUAAAGCUCAAGGACCGAUCGAAAGAUAUUAUAAUUUCAGGCGGGGAGAAUAUAAGCACUAUAGAGGUUGAGUCUGUGCUGUUUGGUCAUCCAGCAGUGCUGGAGGCAGCAGUGGUUGGACGACCAGAUGAUUACUGGGGUGAGACACCCUGUGCUUUUGUGAAGUUGAAGGAGGGUACUCAUGUUGGUGCUGAAGAGAUUAUUAGAUUUUGUCGUGCCCGACUGCCACACUAUAUGGCACCUCGCACUGUUGUUUUUGAAGAUCUUCCCAAGACUUCGACUGGGAAGACGCAAAAGUUUGUCCUUAGGGAGAAGGCAAAGGCCAUGGGGAGCCUCUUCAAGAAGGGUGCUAGCAAGCUUUGAGGUAAUCUCGGCGAGUUGGCUAUGAUGGCUGGUGACUAAAUAAGUGGCAUGGAAGUUCGUAAGAUUCUCACUACGAUUUGCCCAUUGUAUGUGAUGAUGCCAGUAGCUAACCGUCCGUCCAGUUGAGGCCUCGAUAUACUGGGAAAGUGCAUCUUUGGAGGUAGUAGCAAGAAAUGUGAUGAGAGGUUUCCUAGAACUCUCUUAUGGUGCAUAGUAUUUUAGUAAUAAAUAUGAGACGUUUGCCUGGGUAUUUGCUACAUA